AUGAGUUACAAUCAUCUUUUCAAGAUUGUUGUUGUUGGCGAUCAUAAUUGCGGAAAGUCAUGUAUCCUACUUCGAUUUGCGGAAAAUAAUUUUCGAAAUGACCAUAUCACAACAUUAGGUGUGGAUUUCAAAUUGAAAACUAUCAAAUUAGGCAGGGACAAGAUCAGAUUAGAACUGUGGGAUACUGCUGGAAUGGAACGCUACCGAACAAUUUACAAUUCUUACUAUCACUCUGCCCAUGGAGUAAUGUGUGUGUAUGAUAUGACAAAUGAGAAGUCAUUCGAGAAUUUGGAAAAAUACUGGCUCAACGAAAUCAGGCAGCACGCUCCACCGAAUGCUGUAUUGAUGUUGGUUGGGAAUAAAGCAGAUCUCGACAAAGAGAGAAAGGUGGAUUUUGAUCGUGCUGAACGACUAGCUUCCCGACUCGGUGUAUCAUUGUACGAAGUAUCAGCAAAGACCGGUAUCAAUUGCGACGAAGCUUUUCACACCUUAACGGCCGCGAUGAAGGAACGGGUUAAUGCUGGAAGUAUGCAUUCGGAUGACUCUGAUGAUAAUGAAGAAUUUUCGUCAGCAUUUCAUGUCGAUGGGGUUGUACGAAAUGAAAAAGGAAAAAUUGUGUCGUGUUGCUCGGGAGGACCAGAACCCGCAUUUGUUUAA